CACCUGCCCAUGAUAAAACGAAUUUGAAAAGCAAAGAUUUCCCUCUCGUUCAGUCAUCCAUCUUUUCCUAAAUUCAAACAGGGGAGAAAACAAUGGUUGCUAUUCCCACAGACUCGAGCAUUUCCUCCUAUGCCAACGAUCCUCUCUACCCAUGGCUACAGUCGAUAAAGAAGGAAUUGGACGACUGGUACUCAGGGAACCGCACUGGUGGAGAUCUCGACAAUCUGUUAUCAGAUUGCAUCUCUACUUUCAAGCACAAUGCCCAAUACAGAAACGACCUUCGAUUUCUUAAGAUUUGGUUCAUCUAUUUAGAAGGAAGUAAAGAUUACGAGAGUGUUUUUAGAGAAAUGGAAGAGAAUGAGAUAUGUAUAGGGCAUUCUCUACUUUACGAGUGGUACGCAUAUUUCCUUGAAGCCAAAGGGAAGUUGAAAGAAGCACAAAUCAUUUAUUGUAUGGGCAUUUCAAGGAAAGCUGAGCCCAUUGAGAAGCUAAAGUUGGCACAAUCCUUAUUUGUUGAAAGAAUGUCUGAAAUGCUUAAUACUUUUUCACUUGGGAAGGUUGAUGGAGAUGAACAAGCUGAGUUUGGCAAGAAAUUUAUUAACCCAUGGUCUCCCUUCACCGUAGAAGAGCUUUUAAAGAAGAUACAGCCACAAAUUACAAAAUAUGAUGGAUACCACCUGAGUAAGAAAGCUUAUUCUGGAAAAGUAGCCUUAUCUUCUCUGAAGAAAUCGUCAAGGAAUAAAAUUAUUGAGAUAGGUGGGAGGAAGUAUCAGAUCAAGGGGUGUGCUGGUCGGGGUGGCUUUGCCCAAGUAUUUAAAGCGCAUGUUGAUAGCAAUCCAGAUGAUGUUGUUGCAUUAAAGAUACAAAAGCCUGCUUUCCCUUGGGAAUUCUACAUGUACCGUCAACUUGAUGAACGCAUCUCAGGCGAACAAAGAUCAAGCUUUGGUUUUGCGCAUAAAAUUCAUAUCUAUUCUGAUUAUAGCAUACUCAUAUGUGACUAUCUAUCUCAUGGGACACUUCAGGAUGCCAUUAAUUCUUAUGUUGUCACUGGCAAAUUCAUGGAAGAGGUUUUGUGUAUUUAUUACACUAUGGAGAUGCUUUAUAUGUUGGAAACUUUGCAUAGUCUCGGCAUCAUUCAUGGUGAUUUCAAGCCUGAUAAUCUCCUCAUUCGCUAUUCUAAGGAUGACCUCACAGAAGAAGGGUUUAAAGAUCGAACCGGCCCUUGGCUUGAUCAGGGUCUUCACCUUGUUGAUUGGGGGAGGGGGAUUGAUCUGAAUCUUUUUCCCGUUAACACAGAAUUUACUGGUGAUUGUCGAACUUCUGGGUUUCGUUGUAUUGAAAUGCAACAGAAAAAACCAUGGACCUUCCAGACAGAUACAUAUGGCCUAUGUGUUGCUGUCCAUAUGAUGCUGCAUAACACUUACAUGGAGAUUGAAAGAAAAGCCUCGGAUGGUGACUACAUCUAUUUACCAAAAUCAUCUUUUAAACGAUAUUGGAAUAUUGACCUAUGGAAGGCUCUCUUUACAAAGCUGCUAAAUGUCAGCCCAGGCAACAACGAUGUAGAGUUGCUGCGUAGCUUGAGGAAGUCAUUCCUAGACUACAUGCAUGACAAUCCCCCGCUUAUAAAGAAACUGAGAGAACUGCUAGUGAAACAACGGGCUACCCUGUGUUCUGCUUGAUGCACCUCUGGUCAUCGUCAUUAUUCGCGCAGACAUUUUGCAAUGACAGUCUCGUAAGUUUCCAACGGAUAACGAAUUGUUAUCUGGAAACAGUCUUAAAGGGUGAAAUCUCCCGAUUGCGCAAUAUAGUACACAUAUAUGCACAGCCAUAAAUCCGACUGUCUGUUUGGUGUUGUAUUACUGUAUCCCUCCGG